AGUGAUAAUUUAAAUUUUUGCUCGGUCGAGAAUGUAAUCGUUUUACGAAAAUACGAACCAGUUGGCCGUCGGCGUUUCUUGCCGUAUAACGUUGAGUUCGUGUUUGGUUUAUCCCGUGUUGGUCUGUUAAUUCUGUACUUUGCGUCUACAAACUAAAUUAUUUUUUUUUUUUUAUCAAUUUUUUAUUGAUAUAAUAGUACAGUGAAUUUAUUAUACGAUUUAUUUAAACGCAUCUAAUAAUUCGCAGAGGUGUCGCAUGUUUAUGAAUUAUUUGCAACGGUUAAAUAAGAAAUUUGGAAUACAAAAUAUGUACUUCUCAAAAAAUGAUAAUGAGAACUGUUAAUGUCGUUCUUCGUUCAAGAGGUGGAAGUUAGCAUAAAUGAUUUUAUGGCCAAAGUAGCAGCAAACGACAAGUUCUCCGGUCUAUACAUCAGUACGUAUGGCGGCGGCGGACAACAGCACCACCAGGAACACCAGCAGCAGCAACAACAACAGCUGCAGCACGAACAGCAACAGGAGGGACUGCAACAGAUCCGGAAUGGCAGCGUCGAAGUCGAUUACAACAACUUGGACGCGUGCAUCGCGUACGCCGAUUCGGUGGCCAAGUGCGGUCGCGUGUGCGAAUCCCUGGACCUGUACGCCCAGUGCUUCCGGAUGGGUCCGCUUCCCGCCGACUGCCUGUGGCACGUGACCUCGGCGUUCCUCGACUUGAUCCGACAACAGUUCGACGACGACCCUCAGACGAUCCCGAAUCCCUCGUCGCCGUCGCUACAGUCGCAACAACAACUUCAGCACCAGCAGCACAACAACCAUCAGUACCACACGUACACCCACGUCCAUCACCACCACAACACCCGCCACGACCAUCAGCAGCACCAACAGUCUUGCCCGUUCGUCUGCUGCGUCUGCAACCUGGUGCUCCGAGAACCGGUCACGUUACUGUGCGGUCACACGUGUUGCCGGAGGUGCGGGGGCGGCACUGCGUGCAAGCCGAUAGUGUGCAACAAGUGUGGCGUGCGCACGCCGUUCCAACCGCACGUCGAUGUACUGGUCAAGUCGUUGGUCGAGAAACUGUGGCCGGUGCAAUUGCGCGCCUCCGAGCUGCUGGACGAGGGCAAGGCUUUGUACAGACAAGACAAAAUCCACUCGGCCCUCAUAAAGUUCAACCAGGCAUAUUACACAGGAGGUGAAAAUUAUGAUUUGUUAAACGUUAGAUCAAGAACACUGCUUAAACUUGGACUCCAUGAAAACGCUCUUUUGGAUGCUGUCCGUGUGGUCCAAAUUAAACCGAAGUGGUCCAAAGGACAUUUCACACGUGGUAUGGCGUUAUUUUCUCUGAAGAGAUAUCAAGAGGCGUUAUUAGAGUUUUCGUUAAGCGCAGUGCUCGGCGAAAACAAUCAAAAACUCAAGUCACAAAUUAACGAGGUGCUACAAAGGUUACUGACAAUAUAUUGCAAUGAAACUGAAGAUCUAGAUCUAGAGGGUUGGAAUCCCAUAUCUCACAGUUACUUAAGAUCGUACUUGAAUACAUUUAUCAAUAGAUCUAACGUAUUCGACAAGAGUUCAAACUCCUUAAAAGUAAAAUCUAUCAUAAAAGAGAGUACAUUUAUGAAAAAACAACUCUGUGAAAUCAGUACAUUGACCGAAUUGAUUCAACAUAUUUUUGUUGAAAUAAUGCAGACUAAACAUUACACUUCGAGCGUCUUAAUCAAUAACACGCUGAACGUGGACACGUCGUUGUUGGACGAAUCGGACUUCAAUUGCGUCCUGUGUUGCGGAAUGUUGAGGAACCCGGUGACGACACCGUGUGGACACACGUACUGCUUAGACUGUCUAGAGCACAAUUUCGAUUACAGUUUUCACUGUCCGCUGUGUCUGACGUCAUUGCCGCCCAGCUUGGCACUGAGUAAAAAAAACACCUCGGAAUUUGUCAACGAACUAAUCAGCUGUAAGUACACCAAAAACAGCCUUAUGCAGACGAUUAACUGGAAACCAGAACCGGAACAAGACAGCACGUACUUGCCGGUGUUCGUUUGCACUAACGCUUUCCCGUCUGUGUCAUGUCCGUUACACGUGUUUGAACCUCGGUACAGACUGAUGAUCAGGAGGUGCAUAGAAUCGGGUACGCGGAGAUUCGCCAUGAUCAGCAACUGCUGUCCUCCCAUGAAAUUUGCUGAGUUCGGGACAGUGUUGGAAAUCAAAGAUCGGAUCAUGAUGGGUAAUGGUUGCUCUUUUCUAUCGACAAUCGGAACGCGACGAUUUAAAGUGUUGGUCCGAAAAGAACACGAUGGCUAUGACAUGGCUACUGUGCAAUACAUAGAGGACGAAAAAGUUCCUUCAAAAAAAUUAUCAGAAUUAUAUAAACUUCAUGACGACGUUCGGCAACGGGGAUUGACGUGGUUUGAUAGUUUUCGGUCCGAAAUAAAAUCUGAAAUCUUGAGAACUGUCGGAUUUCCACCAAGCACCGAACCAAAUUGGGAAGAACUGUCUGACGGUCCAGCUUGGACGUGGUGGCUGUUGUCGUUAUUACCACUGGGACAAAAUGCCCAUGUGGACCUCUUAGCGAACACUAGUAUCGAAGUCCGAUUAAAAGUGAUCAACAAAAUUCUUAGCCGCAUCGAACGAAGCUCACUGUCCUUAAGAAUAACUUCGUCAUCAUUAUAAUAUAAUAAUAAUCGACAAUAAUGAACUAUAUUGUAAUUAUUAUGUUGAUGAUAGAACUAUUAAUAUUAUUUUUAACUGUUAAACGACUGGAAGUCUCGACGACAAUAACCACUUAUUCAUGUUUGUACAUAAUAUUUGUAGGCAGCGUGGUUGUAGUCCGAUGUUAUUUUUAUUUAUGUACCUACCUACCAACAAUAUCAUUAAGAAUUGGACGAAUUGGACGUCUUAGAUAAUAUUAUUUCAUUUUAAUAAUUAUUAUAUUAUUUACUAUCAUACAAUAUUCUGUGAUCUCCGAAUCUGGUCAAUAAUUCAGUUGUUGAUAAAUAAUAUUACGUACCUACUAUCUAAGUAAAUUGAACGAUUUUUAUUUAACGUGUUUCUAUAUUAUGGUACCGAGCUUCCCGAGAUUAAAUGAAAUACCUACUACAAAAUUUAUCGGAUUCAUCUCAAUUUAUUAUUUAAGAUAACGCACAUUUCUACUAAAUUGAAAAUAAUAAUUAUCAGAUUGUUUGGAUAAUAAUAAUAAUUAUAUUUCCAAUAACGAGUCACGCUUGAAAUAUCUUAUGAUUUUGAAUUAUUAUCGUAAUUUUUGAUUUUUGACUAUUACCUACAACGAAUUCUCAGUGUAUUGCUAUUAUGUUGAUACAUUUUAAAUUACCCAUAAGCCGCUUACGCGGUUCAAUUUGUGAUAUUGUAAUGUGUAAUUGUUUAUUUUAAUUUAUUAAUAAUAUUAUUUUUAUAAAAUAAUAUUAUUAUUUAAUAUGCUUACUGCCUCUUUAAGAAUGCAGGUGAUAGGGGAUUUUCUUAAAGUUUUUUUUUACUUAUUUUAUUUCUGAGCUUAAAUAUUAUUGUAAAUUUACAAAACUAAAUGUCCUUGUUGUAUUUCAUGUUACCAAAGCUCAUUUUUUUUUUUAGCUUAUAUUAUAUAUUCUAUAAAUUAAUAAACCUAAUUUGUGCCUGUAUGAUUACUCACUUUCUGCUGCAGUUAGAGUCUCUAACUUAGAGAGAGGUAUUUUGUGUUUCCAUUAAAAUGGAUUACUAGUCGUUUAUUUUCUUAUCGAUAGUUAAAAAAUAGAAAAUAAAUUGUAAUUUUUCCUUUUAUUUAUUUUUGUAUUUACAAAUAUAAAUACAGAAAUUAUAAACUAUGUAAAUGUAUAUAAUAUUAUGUAAUUAUUUAUCAUAUUAUACAUGUGUUUUUAAUUUAUUUUUUUGUGAAUGAUUUGUCUUUUUGUGAAAACUUUUAUUUAUAGAAUUUAAUAUUUUUAGUAAUUACACGAUUUUACCUAUGUGUGUAAUUGCUGCUCAUAUACCGGAUUUUUUUACCUAAACUAAAAUUAUGGGAAUUUAUUGUUUUGAUUAGAUUGUAUUAUUAUUUCUUUUUGAAUUAGUAUUACUUAUAAAAUAUAUAUCUUAUGUUACCUAAACAAAUUUAAUUGUAAACGAAUGUAUGAUCAAUUGAAACCUAUGUAAACCUUAUAAGUAAUAACAAUAAGCAAUUAUAAUAAAUUGUAUCUUAAUUAUUAUCAAAGUAUAAUUAUUAUAAUUUAAAUAGAUGCAUGCGUGACCUAACACCAGUCACCAGUACUACAUGUGAA